AUGCCCGCAAUGCUCGAAGACCCCGCCUCGCCCGCCCUGUACCGGCGCUCGGGCGCGGCUCCCUACCCGCAGCCGGGCGACGCGCUGCCCUCGUCGAUCCAGCCGCGCUCGCUCAUCCUGCGCGACCGCACGACCAAGGCGACGCUCGUGCCCUUCUCCUCGCCGCAGCAGGUGCCGCUGUCGCUGCUCGACUACCUGCGCCAGCAGCUCAACCGCGAGAUCGCAAAGGGCGACACGUACCCCAUGACCGACGCCUUCACGCUCGAGGCCUUCGGCCCCUACUGGUUCCAGAACUUCGGCGCCGUCAUGCUGCUCGGCGACGUCGCCGACGGCGCCGCCGGCGUGCGCCGCAUGGAGGACGAGGGUGGCAGCAGCGGCGGCGGCAUCAACUGGGAGAAGCAGUGCCUGGGCAGCUUCUACAUCAAGCCAAACUACCCCGGCCGCUCGAGCCACGUGUGCAACGGCGGCUUCCUCGUCACCGACGGUGCUCGGAAUCGUGGUGUGGGAAGGCUGAUGGGCGAGUGCUAUUUGGAAUGGGCGCCGCUGCUGGGCUACACCUACUCCGUCUUCAACCUCGUCUACGAGACCAACGUCGCCUCGUGCCGCAUCUGGGACGCGCUGGGGUUCAAGCGCAUCGGCCGCGUGCCCGGCUGCGGCAACCUCGCCACCCAGCCCCAGGGCCACUACGUCGACGCCAUCAUCUACGGCCGCCACCUCGGCUACAAGAAGGAGGACGCCGACGACGAGCGGCGCUUCGAGAGGAUAAAGUAUUACCUCAAGACCGGCAAGUAUCCAGGCGACGCUGAUUCCGCGGAAAAGAACAGACUCCGCGCCGCAGUGAGGAAUUACACGCUCGUCGAGUGUGGUAGCAGCGGCGGCAAGAAUGGUACUACUUCCGGUGCUGAUGGGGCUGAUGGUGGCAGUAGUGGAGGAGAAGUCGCUGGUAUUACUGGGAGCGACGGUGGGGACAAGCUGAUGCUGGGCGACAAAGAGGUCAUCUCCGAGCCGCGCAUGCAGUACGAAAUCGCGCGGCAGUACCAUCGCCAGAAUAAGGACACGCACGCGGGCAUCAACAAGACCACCGCCACCGUGUCCGAGAAAUACCAUUGGAACCGGAUCAAGACGACUGUCACCGAAGUGAUUGAUAACUGCGCCGAGUGCAAUGAGAAGCUGAAGAAGAAGUCGCUGAAAGCCGCGGCCGCAGCAGCCGCAGCCACCACCACCACCGCCGGCGGCAAUAAUAACAACGGCGGCGGAAACGGCGGCAAUGGCGGCAGCCGCAAAGUCAGCGGCGGUGAAAACUCCACCACCACCACCGGCAUCGUUGCAACAACUGCUUCGUCGUCCCAGUCGUUGGCUUCAGAAAACCCGCUGGCCUCCGCCUCUUCUUCAAGUGCACUACCCACGCCCGACACGCCGGCUGUGCCUCCUCCGCCCGAGUUCGUAUUCCAACAUGAGUUUGCUGUAGUAGACGAGUCCUCCACCGGCGGCAGCGCUGCAGCCACUCCCCGCGCUUCUCCAUCCGUGGCUGAAAUGCAGCAACACUACGAUGCGGUGGCCGGUGACGAUGACGACAUGGCGCUUGAUUCGCACGACAUCGCGAUGCUGAGCUCUGGCGUGCAAAAUCUGCCAAGUUCUGUAGGCGGCACCAUCGGUGUUCGCGGAGGAGGAGGUGGUGGUGGUGGUGAUUGUUCUGCAUCGACCGCCGCCUCUCAUCAUCAACCGUUCCAGUCUCCCCCAUCGGCGGCGCAUCAAUCAUCCUUCGGUGACAACAGCUUCAGUGACCCGUACCACCUCCAUCAUCAUCAUCAUCAUCAUCAUCAUCAGGUCCACCCGGAUAGCCUGGCCAUAUCAAUAGAUCCUGCAAACCUGCAGAAGCAUCAUAAUCAUAAUCAGCACCAUGUGACGCACCAGCAAGCCCACUAUCAACAAUAUCUCUCGCCAUAUCAGCAAAUCCAAGAUAGCGAGGGCCACUUUAGUUCCCAGCUACAACAUCAAUUGGACCAAGGGUUUCUGAGCCAGGAUGGUGCAAUAAUAGAUGGAGACUCUGAUACCCAACAGCGAUUCGGUGUUUCGUGA